UUCAAAGUGCAAGCGGGAAGAUCUCUGCCAUCUGAUUGGUUGUUCGUGCCCUGGCGCAGAGUGCUGCCUGUUGGAGUUCUAUCAGGGACUGUUAGCCUGGCUGUCCAUUACCCUGCUGGUUAUAAUGGCUGAACGGAAGAGUCUACAGAUAAAGGAGGCGUUUGAUUUGUCACAGAAGCCCCACCAGAACCAUGCCAAGCUGGUCUCCUACCUGAGAGCCACAUAUAACAAGAUAGAGGAUAAAUCUAUUUUCUUGGAAGAGUUUAUCCAUUUCCUCAAGUAUCCUCUGAUAGUCUACAGACGAGAGCCCACUGUGGAGAGAGUUAUGGAUUUUGUGGCAAAAUUUGUAACUUCAUUUCACAGCUCUGACAAUGAAAACGAUGAGGAAACCGAUGAAGAAAAUUCCCCUGUUAAUUACCUUUUUAACUUCCUACUACAGUCACACACGGCAAAUAGCAUGGCUGUGAGGUUCAGAGUUUGUCAACUGGUUAAUAAACUGUUGGUAAAUCUACCAGAAAAUGCCCAGAUUGAUGAUGAUUUAUUUGAUAAGAUUCAUGAUGCGAUGCUCAUACGUAUAAAAGACAAAGUGCCAAAUGUGCGAAUCCAGGCAGUAUUGGCUUUAGCCCGACUCCAGGACCCCACUGAUCCAAACUGUCCCGUUUCCAAUGCUUACACGCAUUUGCUAGAAAAUGACUCUAAUGCAGAAGUACGGAGGGCGGUAUUAUCCUGUAUUGCCCCUUCAGUGCAGACCUUGCCCAAAAUUGUAGGCCGCACAAUGGAUGUGAAGGAACCUGUGAGAAAGUUGGCGUACCAGGUUUUGUCCGAAAAGGUUCAUAUAAGAGCUUUAUCCAUUGCUCAGAGAGUGAAACUCUUGCAGCAGGGACUUAAUGACAGAUCAGAGGCCGUGAAAGAAGUGAUGCAGAAAAAAGUAAUUCAAGCUUGGCUCCGAUAUACAGAGGGUGACGUUUUAGAAUUGCUCCAUCGCCUGGAUGUUGAAAACUCUCCAGAAGUUGCUGUGUCUGCCCUAAAUGCAAUGUUCUCUGUGUCUCCUCUUAAUGCGCUCAUCCAAAAUUGCAAAAACAUUGAUGAACGGAAGUUGAUCCCAGUGGAGACUCUUACUCCAGAAAAUGUUCUGUAUUGGAAAGCCCUUUGUGAAUACUUGAAAUCAAAAGGAGAUGAAGGGGAAACUGCAUUAGAAAACAUUUUACCAGAGCCUGCUGUGUAUGCAGAAUAUCUAUCAAGCUACCUUCGAAACCUUCCUGUUCUCACAGAAGAAGAGCGAGCAGAUAUUACUAAAAUUGAGGACUUGAUGACAAAAGAAUUUAUAGGGCAGCAGCUGAUUUUUAUAAUAGGCUGCCUGGAUACAACUGAAGAGGGAGGCAGGAAGCGUUUGAUUACAGUUCUUCAAGAGAUACUGGUUCUGCCUAAUACUCCAACAUCUCUCAUAUCAUCUCUGGUGGAGUUGUUGCUUCGUAUUAUUAAAGAUGAUGACCGUAGAACACUAACAAUAGCAGAAAUCGUCUCUGAGCUACGGGAGCCUAUUGUCACUGUGGAAAAUCCAGCCGAUCAAACUGCAACCAGGAAACGGCAGUUGAAGCUCGCUGAUGUUAAAGUACAACUUAUUGAAACCAAGCAGGCUUUGGAGGAUAGCGUAAAUCUACAGGAUUUCACUCUCGCAUCUGAAUUAAAGGAGAAGGUGGCAGAACUGGAACAAUUGAAAACACAGCUGAUUAAGGAAGCUGAACAGCCAGAACUUAAAGAAAUACGUGUGGAAAAGAAUGACCCAGAAACACUUCUCAAAUGUCUUAUUAUGUGCAAUGAACUCUUAAAGCACAUGUCUCUUACUAAAGGACUGGGAGGAACAUUAAAUGAGAUCAUUGCAUCAUUGAUUCUUCCUGGUAUAACCAAUGUUCACCCAUCUGUAAGAAAUAUGGCUGUAUUAUGCAUUGGAUGCUGUGCUCUUCAGAACAAAGAUUUUGCUAGACAACAUCUUCCUCUACUAUUGCAAAUUUCUCAGCUUGAUGAGGUCAAAGUGAGAACCAGUGCCCUGAAUGCUGUUUUUGAUAUGCUUCUGCUGUUUGGAAUGGAAAUUCUUAAGUCAAAGCAAGAUAAUCUCAGCGAUUCUCAGUCCAAAUCUGAUGAAGAUGCAAAGGAGCUAUCCGUAGAAGAAAAUCAAGACACCUCCAAUGAAACUAAAACCAGCGAACAAGUAAAAGAAGAAAUAUCUACAGUCAACAGUAUCCUUAAACUAUUUUCUAGUUUCCUGGACAGUGAGCUCCCAGAAAUCCGAACUGAUACAGCCGAAGGCUUAGCUAAGCUUAUGUUCUCUGGAAGACUAAUCAGUGCCAAACUUCUUUGCCGGUUGGUUUUGCUUUGGUAUAAUCCUGUGACUGAAGAGGAUACAAAACUUCGGCAUUGUCUUGGGGUUUUCUUCCCUAUAUUUGCUUAUUCUGGCCGGACAAAUCAAGAGUGCUUUGAAGAGGCUUUCAUUCCAACCCUUAAAACUCUGUUUAAUGCUCCGGCUACAUCCCCAUUAGCUGAUGUUGAUGUUGCCAAUGUUGCAGAAUUAUUAGUGGACCUGACAAGGCCCAGUGAAUUAAAUACAAGGAAAAAGCAAUCUGAAGAAUUUCAAGCUCCCUCGGUACAUGACAGCUUGGCAUUGACAAUUUGUAAUGAAAUAUUAAUGGAUCCCACUUCUCCAGAUGUCCGUAUUUAUGCAAAGUGUUUAACUUCUCUGGAAUUAACUCCAGAUUAUAAUGAAGAACUGCUACUUCCACUCUUCAAUAGCAUUCUAGAGGACGUUACAGACAAAAUUUGUGAACGAGCAAUUGAAAAGGCUAAAAUGCAGCUUAAAAAUUCCAAGAAUUUAAGGGAGGAAACGCAGCUAGAACAGGAAACAGAGUGUGUCGAUGAGCCAGAAAACAAAGAGGAAGAAAGGCAAAAAGACGAAAAUGAUGUUUUUGAGGAACAAAAUGUUGAUACCCCAAAACCAAAGUCUAAGAAAGGAAAAGGAAAACAGAAAGAUGAACCUGUUGUU